CACAGGUUAUACGAUCAGAAAGACAAACCAUUAUGAAAACAGAACAGAAUACUUAACAUCUGACUGGUUUCGAACUUUGUAUCACCGGAUUACUUCUUUUACAACUGGCCACAGCGGCAGAGAUGCGGUAUGCUGUGACUGGCAGGUUCUGCAAGAAAAGUCACGUGCACGGAAAGUGAUGCCGGCGUUGUCAUGGUUACCGAAAACGCAGCUGUUACGUAGUAAACCGUUCAUGGUAUGUGUUGUGCUCGUUUUGUUGGGACUCCUGUUGGUACACAGCUAUCGCCGGAAGAUCGUCCUGGUGGAAUGGACGCCGGAAUACUCUCAACCAAGAAGUGGACGCCAUGUCGCUCUCGGAAACGGUAGUGCCUUCGACAUAUUACUAACAAAUGCAUUUGAUUUGAUUUUUAAUGCAACUCGUCUCUACGUCGAUCUGGAGAACAAAACUCACGAAGAACAUGAAGCCAAAAUAAAUGUUACAUUUGAAACCCGUCAAGAAAAGACUCGAAUAUUGACAAAGAAUGUAUCUCAGGAAGUAGUAUCCAAACUUGGCGGGUUAAAAAAUGAGACAAGCAGCCAAUGUACUAAACAGAUAAAUGUCAGUUUUCUGAAGGUCCAUAAAGCUGGUAGCACCACUGUGAUGAACAUAUUUCUACGAUUCGCAAUCAGUCAUAACUUGAACUUAGUUCUUCCACGCAAUUCUCGAGGUUAUGGAUUUAAUUACCUAGGUUAUGGGAAAACCGUUUCUAGUGACCGAAUCGUUCCGUUACCACCAAACGAACAUUACAACAUUUUGUGCAAUCAUGUAGUUUAUAACAAAGGAAAAUUCCGAGAGAUUUUACCACCGAAUACGUCAUAUAUCGGGAUUAUUCGCGAGCCGGUGAGCCAUUUUAUUUCUGCGGCCACAUACUAUGGUUUCUAUAAAAGCCUGUCUAUAAAUAAAACACAAGGACAUGUGAUGGGAGAUUUCUUGCGCGACCCAUCGGCGCAUGCCAUAAGCACUUCAUUUGUUCGAAACCGGAUGUCGUUCGACUUCGGAAUACCUGAAUCGGAAUUCGAAAACGAGACGUUCAUAGGGAACUAUAUCAAAGAACUUGACAAGGACUACGCCCUAGUUCUUAUCAUGGAGCGUUUCCCAGAAUCCUUGGUUCUUAUGCGGAGAAAGCUGUGUUGGAGCACAAAGGACAUACUGUAUGUUCCGCUUAAUGCGCUCCGACGCAAACCGGACUUUGAGCUCACAGACGAGGAUCUUCACCGACUCCGGGACUGGAACAGCGCGGAUUUCUUACUAUAUGACUAUUUUAGUAUUAAAUUUGACCAAUUAGUAAAACAGGAAGGAGAUGAUUUACAAGAGGAAGUCAAGAGCUUUCUGGAAAUCAACAAGACAGUCGCUGAGUUUUGUAAUGGGAAAUCCAGUGAGUUCAAUGAUAGCGCGUCAUUUCCGGCCUCGAAGUGGAGCGCUGGGUUCAAUGUCACCUUAGAGGAAUGUGACCUGAUGACUGAAGACGAGCUUCCGUUGCUCAGCAACCUGAUCAACGAGGCGUGGGAGAAGUACCAAAAGUCGCAGCCCUCGUCGCCUAUAUCUACAUCACAUGUAUUGUCAUCUAUAGCAAUGCAGACUACAACGGCGCCGUCAACCAAAUGAAUUAUGAACACCAAUUCAGCGUUGGAAAUAGAAAUUAUCAGUGCCAUAACUAUGCAGUGUCUUUUACAGUUGAUGCAAAAGCAAAAACAAAUAAACGUUAUAUGUACAUGGUAUAGACGGUAUAUUCUAAUUAAUGCAAAUUACUUCUUAUUUGAAAGGAUGUUAAGAACGGACGAAUAGAAACAAAUGUAUUAACUUUCGAUUAUGCCAUAUUCUGGUCGUGAAAACCGAUGUGAAAUAAUGUGUUGUUGUUUUUUUUAUCUUGUGGGCACAUUCUGUAGGUCAGGUUUUCAUUAUUGAAAUGAUAAAACUGUGAUUUAGAACAUGUACUUACUAGUCAUUCAACUUAUGCACGAAACGCUAAGUAGCGUAUGAUUAAUGUUUAUGUUAUGCAAUACUCUAUUUUAUUAUAUUUUAAUUCUUUCUUUGAUAUCAUGUUUUGUCUUCACCUAUGAUUAUGUUUGGCGUUAUCUGGCAUUUAAGGUGCGUGUUUGUUGUUUUACACAGAAGCGGGUUUUUUUUUGGUAUGCGCUGUAUUGAUUUUUUAUGUACUUAAAAUCGUUUUAUUUUUGCUGCUCUGAGCUCAAUGUCGUUUCAGUGAGUUAUUGUGAUCGCAUUUUGUUCGUCAUUGGGUCUCCCCUGUCCGUCGUAUGUUCUACAUAGCCAUGGUCUCUUAUUUCCGCCGAAAUCUUCAUGAAACUUGGUUAAACAACAUGCCCCUAUGCUAUUUAGGCUUUAUUCUUUACUGGAUCAUGUGAAUUAAAAAAAAAACUUCCGGUAGUUUACUCGUUUGGUUUAUACGUAUGGCCCAACAGUCAUUGAACUUGGUAAGAAUAUUUGUUACAUUUUUCGACCGAAUUCGAAACUUGGUCAUGCAUGGCUCAAAGCCUUCUCACACUUUAUACACUUCAAUGCAGAUCCUACCAGUAUCAUAAACUCAGGCUAGCGGCUAAAGGCCCUCGUGUUGAAUAUUAGGGCCAUUUUGAAUGAUUUAUGAUCCUCGUGCUGCAACGAAUGGCCAAACAUGUUGUCUACGGAUUUUUCAUGUAUUACUUUUGUUGAGCUAACAGUGUGUAUUUUUCAACGUUUCCAUGUACGAAAUGUGAUGUCAGGUUAUGAUUUAAUAAUGCAGAGUGUAUUUUAUGAUAAGGACAUCAGUACUUGUACCAUCGAUUUUAGGUAUUCGGUGCACGCGUAAGUAAUUGCGAAACUUACAUUAAAAUGGUAUCUACAAAAGCAAACAGACCCUUAAAUUAUAAAAAUUAUAAGUGUUUGCACCGCCUUUAAUUAAACCUAUUAUAAUGUAUAAUAAAACAACAACCACUAUGCAAAGCCCGUGGAAUUAAUCUUGUUAUCGCAUCUCUAUUUUUUUAUUCAUAUUAAGUGUUUUUAUUUCUGUCCAUGAUAAUAUUUCGGUUAAUAUAAAUAAAGAAUUUGAGAAAUCUGUGUAAAUAUUUGACCGUUUGUGUAUCGACUAACGGUGUACUUGAUAACUUGUGACUUAAUAUGAUGAUUCCUUGAAAUGUGGAUUAAUUUUAUAGCGGAGUUAAUACAGUGUAUGAUUUAUUGCUUGAGUCGUAAACACGCGCGCUUGUGUUAUGUCUUACAUUGGGGCGAGUUCAUGUGUGAAUACCAGAAUUGAUAUUUUUUUCCAUAAAAGUUGUAUGGGUUUUAUUUUAUAUGCAAGUGCAAUUAUACACAUGU